AUGGCUGCAGUCCGAGCUGCAUCGCUUUCUGUGGCGAUCGCUGCAUUGCGGGUUCACGCUCAGGAUGUGGAUUAUACCCAAUUUGUGAAUCCUUUCAUUGGAUCUGAAGGGAAAAUACCAGGCUAUGUGUAUGGCGGCGGCAACGUCUUCAUCGGCGGCGCGGUUCCCUUUGGCAUGAUCAAGCUCGGAAUCGACACGUACGAGGAGCCCAUCAACCAGAGCGCGCUGAACGGUGGAUGGACGCCGCAGGGGAAAGUCACAGGUAUAAGCCUGAUGCAUGAAUCCGGCACGGGUGGUGGCCCCAAGUACGGCUUCCCGGCGCAGAUGCCGCUUGCUUCAAUAGACGAGCCGGUCAACCUCCUGGACAACCGCACAUAUUGGCAGACUCGUGACUGCGAGGAUGAAGCAAGUGUGGGCUAUUUCCGAACGCACUUCGAGUCCGGCGUCACCGUCGAGCUCUCCGCGUCUCGCCAUGCAGGUCUUUACCAUUACACAUACCCCUCGACUUCCGAAAAGCACGUCCUCGUUGACUUGUCGCACUACCUGCCUCAUCCCACGCGCUCCUGGGACUCACAAUUCUAUACCGGCGGUGAGAUCGAGAUCCACCCGAACAGCAGCAUCUACACAGGGUAUGCCUCAAUCGCCAAUGGCUGGUGCCUCGGUGCGCCCGUGGUAGUCUACGUGUGUGGCGAAUUUGACUCCGCGCCCGAUAAAGCUAGGGCAUUCAGUGGGAAGAAUACAUUUCCUGUGGGACGACAUUUCCGCUCGUCUGGAAACGAGUCGAUCCCUGAGCCGACCUUCCGUGGCUCUGCCGCGAGGUCGGGCCCCAUGAAUGAGCGGGUAGGGGCCAUCUUCUCGUGGAAUGGCACUGAUCAUAGCGCCGAGGUCAAAUCGCGUGUUGGAAUCUCGUUCAUCUCGGUUGAUAAAGCAUGCGCAUACAAGAACGAAGAACUAACCUCCUGGGACAUUGGAACCACAGCCCAAGCCACUCGCGACGAAUGGAAUCGCGAUGUUUUCUCCAAGGUUCGUGUGGACACGACCGAGCGGGCUAACAAAACAAGGCUUGCACUGCUGUAUUCAAGCUUGUACUUCAUGCACCUCAUCCCGAGCGAGCGCGUUGGCGAAAACCCGCUAUGGGACUCGGAUGAACCCUACUGGGACGACUUCUACACCAUGUGGGAUCUUUUCCGCAACCAGGUUUCACUGUGGCAUCUGAUUCAGCCUGCCUACUAUGAAAGCAUGAUUCGAUCUCUUAUUGACAUGUUCAAGCACGAAGGCUAUCUCCCCGAUGGGAGAUCCGGGAAUUACAACGGCCUUGUGCAAGGAGGCUCCAAUGCCGACAACGUUCUCGCCGACGCAUACGUCAAAGGGCUCCGCGGAGCCAUCAACUGGACGGAGGGAUACGCUGCCGUGAAGAAGAACGCCGAGGUGGUUCCUUUCUUCGACCAAAACCCUGUGGACGCUCAGGGCUCACUGAAGGAAGGCCGCGGCGCGUUAGACGACUGGAUUCAACUGGCAUAUGUUUCCGCUGAUAGGAACACACGGGCCGUUUCCAAAACUGUCGAGUACUCCUUGAACGACUUUGCUGUAGCUCAGAUCGCUGCUGGCGAGGAGCCCGGUGACCGUGAUGUGUAUAUGCGCCGGUCAGCUGGAUGGCAAAGGAGCUGGGACCCAGAGGCGGAGAGCCGGGGAUUCUCGGGCUUCGUAAUGCCGCGAUACUCGAACGGCACAUUCCACAAAACGUACGACAUCACAGAUUGCGGCGAAUGUAACUGGGCGGAUGAAAGUUACGAAGGCACCGCGUUCGAAUAUUCCUUCGUAAUUCCCCACGACGUUGAGCGAGUCAUCGAGCUCAUGGGCGGGCCGCAGCACUUCGAAGACCGACUGGACUACGUUUUCAAGCCAAAAACGUCAGGGGUAGAUCUUGGUGUCAACGGCUACGGCAUUACCACCAUCAACAACGUUGCGAACGAGCCUGACUUCCAAACGCCGUAUCUAUACAACUAUCUCAAUAAGCAGUGGAAGUCUGUCGAAAGAUCACGCCAACUGGCCAAUGAUUUCUAUUUCAACACCUCAGACGGCAUUCCUGGGAACUCGGACGCUGGUGCGCUGAACUGCUGGCUGAUAUGGCAGAUGCUAGGGCUAUACCCAAUCGUUACCACACCUGUGUAUCUCAUUGAGAGCCCAUGGUUCGAGGACGUGAACAUGACGAUUAACCACAAUCGUACCCUGCGUAUCCGAGCGGAGGGUUUGGAUGAUGGAGACGGACGUCAAGGCUACUAUGUCCAAGGCGUAACAAUCAACGGAGAAAAUUGGACGAAGAACUGGUUCGAGCACGAGGAUGCGGGAGGGAUCAUGACUGAGGGAGGUGAGAUUGUCUUUCAAGUGGGGCCUGAACAGAGGGUGUGGGAGACUGGCGAGGUGCCACCUUCCCCGGCCCAUACUGUGGUGGAUGUGAGUGCGAAUAAUAUAUUUUAG